GAGCAGAUUCUUUUUAGGCUACAGAAAACGUUGUCAAAGGCCGGAGAAUACUUCUCGAUGUUUCCCGACUUGAGCUUCCAAAAGGAGUGCAACGAGAAAGUGCCGGUUCACCAGCGUGCUAUAUGAAGAUCGCCAGCCAGGUGUUGGGUUUCCCGCGCAGAAAUGCCAGUGCGUGCUGUGACCUCCAGGUUCAUGUACCGCGGACUCUGCACUAUCCCCGAUAUCCUGUCCUAUCGGACUCCCGUGAAGCUACCGGACGAUGAGGUAGAGGAGAUUCGCGAGGCCUUCAAGGUGUUUGACCGUGAUGGGAAUGGCUUCAUCUCCAAGCAGGAGCUGGGCAUGGCCAUGCGCUCUCUAGGCUACAUGCCCAACGAGGUGGAGCUGGAGGUCAUCAUACAGCGACUCGACAUGGACGGGGAUGGUCAGGUUGACUUUGAGGAGUUUGUCACAUUGCUGGGGCCUAAGCUUUCAGCAACAACCAUGCCGGACAAAUUUCACGGAGCGGAUUUUGACUCUGUCUUCUGGAAGUGUGACAUGCAGAAGCUGACAGUGGACGAGCUGAAGAGACUUCUCUAUGACACCUUCUGCGAUCACCUGACCAUGAAAGACAUCGAGAACAUCAUCAUGACGGAGGAGAGCCACUUGGACAGCCCGGAGUGUCAAGUGGACAUUAAUACGAGCCCCAAACACCAGAUGAAACACACAUGUGUGCGGAAAAGUCUCAUAUGUGCCUUCGCCAUCGCUUUCAUCAUCAGUGUCAUGCUUAUUGCGGCAAACCAGAUGCUCCGCAGAGGUAUGAAGUAAUCAUCAUCUCAUCAAAACAGGAAGAGGAUUGAUGUGAUACCCCCCCACACACCUAUUGGAUGACACAUACCGACCAAGUAAAAAGUCUUGAAUGUUUUUUGUGUGAAUUCAUCUCAGAACUUCCAUCAAGUCCACAAAUAAUGACUCACUCCUCAAAGAAGGCAAAAAGUCCUCA